GCGAUAUCAAUGUGGCUAGAGUCAGUUUAAGUGUCUCUGGCCGAAUAAUCUGUGCGGCGACCCGGAGGCGGUCUUGCAGCUCUGUUCUCAUUCUCACGAUUGAAGAUACACCACCAACAACAACCUACCCGCCACCCAGAAACAAUGACAGGCCAGCUAUACAAGCUUCCUUAAUUGCCCACACCAAAUACAAAGCUGACUCUCAGGACCAACGUUUCAAAGAGGAAGCCGUAGCACUGUGGAUAGGCCGAACAGGCCUCCCUUCACGGACUGUGGAAAGUGAGGAUUUUGUCAAGAUGAUGGAUCAGAUUGAUAAAAGGCUCACUGUUCCAAAAAAAUAAAUGAAAUUAAAAACAUUGUGGACAAAGUAUACCUGUCAGAAAAGGACAAAUUCAAACAAAGACUGUCCGUGGCACGCAGAAUACGCAUUGCCUUAGAUAUUUGGACCAAAAAGGGUCUCACAGCUUCCUACCUUGCAAUUAGUGCUUGUUAUUUUAACUCAGACGACAAUAAGGCAGAACACAUACUCCUGAGCCUAAAGCAAAUGGCUCAGCCACACACUGCUCAUGCUAUUGCGACUCUUGUGGAGGAGUGCACAACAGAAUGGGGAAUCCCAAAAGAAAAAGUCCUCACUAUCAUCACAGAUAAUGGGAGCAACAUGGUUGCUUCUUUUCAUCGCAACAGUGAGGAGGACAACAAAUCCAGCUUUGAGGAGGACAGUCCCCACGAUAGUGAUGAAGAGGCAGAGGACCUUGAUGUUGAUGAAAGCAUUGAAAGGUAUGGAACAUGGGAGAGGACACCCUGCGUGGUCCAUACCCUUCAGCUUGUCAUCAACAUGAUCCAGAAGGAGCCUGCAAUAAAGAAACCGCUGGACAAACUCAGGCACCUGGUGAGGCUAUUCCGCAAGUCAUCUGUUGCCAUAGAGCGGUUACUGGGAAAGUGUGGACUCACCCUCACCAGUGACUGUCCAACCGCAUGGUCAAGGACUUAUUCAAUGCUGUCUCGUGCUCUUGAAGUGAAGGACCAUGUUGCAUCGGUAGCUGAGAGCAUGAACUGGGAGAGCCUGCAACCCAGCGAGUGGCAGAAGCUGGCAAUCCUCAAGGACUUGCUGCUUCCAUUUGCAGAACACACAAAGGUACUUGAAACCGACACCAAUUCCCCAUCCCUCGUUGUGCCUGCGUUGUUGGACUUGAGAGGUCACCUCUCCGAGUUCUCCCGAUGCCAGAGCUACAAGGAUGCAGCUACACUAGCACAGAAGAUGAGUGCAAAUAUGGAGCUACGCUUUGGCCUUUUCCUUGAUGUCACAGAUGACAGGUUCUCUCCUCUUGCUGCAGCUGCAUGUUUAGUUGACCCCAGGGUGUCAGCAGAUGUCCUUCUUCAGAAUGAGAAUGUGCGGAGUCAGGUUAGAGGACAGCACAGGGAAUUGUGA